AUGUUAACACCGUUCGCACUUCUCGCUGUUGUGCUUCUGCCUUAUAACGGUGAUGCCGCAAGCAUACUCUGCAUGUACGGAGAAGGAUCUGUAUGCGGCAGCGAUGGUUUCACUUACAAUAACAUGUGUGACUUCCAAAUCGUGAAGUCUAGCCAACCCGAUAUUUCUAUCAGGCACCUGGGUUCUUGUGCAGGACGCAGAUAUGUUGUAAACCCUUAUAACGAAGCUUUAAAUGCAAAAGAAAUAUACAUCCAAAAUAAAAGUGGACUUCGCCAACCGUGGAACAAAGGCAGACAUGAUAAAAAAGGACAAUCUAAGAAGAAUUACUUUAAGAAGUACUUACUUUCUCAAAUAAUAGGUGCACAGAUGUAUAGCACUCCAGCUGCAGGAUUGAAAUGUCUCUACGGAGAGCAAGUAAUGUGCGGCAGCGACGGAACUACCUACAACAACCCGUGUGACUUUGAAAUUGUUCGAUCUGUCAAAACUACCCUAACUGUCAAACAUAUGGGUGCUUGCCGCGUGAAAAGAACAGAAGGAUGUACAUUGGAGUCCAUUUUAAAGCUCCUUGAUGAUAAUAACGCAUUAAGAUACCGUAAAAAAAAUCGCCAGUUAGCAAGAAUGCUGCUUGCUCAAAUGAUAAAAUCACAAACUAUCCUCGUUCUGAUUACAUGUCUGAAAGUUCACAGGGCGGUUAAGUUUAAAUGUAUUUAUGGAAGCGAUCCCGUUUGUGGGACCGAUGGCAUCACUUAUAACAACUUUUGCGAUUUACAAAUUGUUACUUCGGUAUAUCCAAACGUCCGAGUCGGGAAUUUAGGACCAUGUACAAUAGGAAAUCAGUUCUUGGCUCCUAGUGGGACGUUAAAUGAAUUAGAUGGACCAAGAGAAGGCUAUCUACGGAAACGUAAAAAACAAAAAGGAACUAUAAGCGCCUUUGCUCAUUUUAAUAUGGAGAAUAAUAAGAUAGACAUGAUUGGAAACAACAAUUAUAUGGAAAUUAGGAUUGACGAUAACGGUCAUAUUACGACCAAUUCGUCCAAGCCUUCGAAGUCUCCAAAGCCGUCAAAACCAACAAAGCCAACCAAGCCGCCAAAGACUGCAAAGACUACAAAGCCUACAAACCGUCCUAAGCCUUCUCCAAAGCCUACUCCAAAGCCUACGCCAAAGCCUACUCCAAAGCCUCCGCCAAAGUCUCCACCAAAACGUCCGCCACCUCCACCACCGCCUCCACCACGACCCCCACCACAGCGUCCACCACCACCUCCACCACAGCCACCACCACAGCAACCAUCAUCUUCUUGUUUCUUGUGGAAUUGGUUUUGCUUUUGGUUUGGCUAA